AAGACAUCUUAAUAUCUUAAUAUUUUCAAUGUUCUCUGUAUUCUUCGUACUUCAUCUCUAUAUCACAUUUGAUAUCAACUUUCAUAGUUCGCGGUUCUUUGGUUCCCCCGCAGUGGGUCCCGUGUGUGCCUGACCGCUCUGCCUCUUCGCUGGCACUCUUCUGUAUUGACAUGCGCCCAACCUCGAAGCCUGUGAGAUGAAAUGCUUUGAUGCAUCUGCUUGCAUGCACUUCUCACUAUCUCAUACCCCGCAUUCAUGGCUUCUGCGGAUAUUCACUGGGGUACAUUGAUCAAUUCAGACAAGAGCCCAGCCCCACUGCUGGAACAGCUAUGUCUUGGGAUCGCGCAGUUGAUGUCCUCCUUUGACACCAACGGCACCACUGAUAUCACCCCCGAGCGACUCGCUGCCUUUUACCGCAAAGUUGGCGGCAACUACGACCCUUUAUUCCUUGAGACCAAGGCACAAGCCCUGUCAUUCAUCUACCAGUCACUAGGAUGUUUCCACAGCCUCCAACCCUCAGCCAAUCCUUACGAGCCCCCAUCUAUUCCCUCGCUACUUCCAAAUGGCUUUGUGCGGUGGCAGACAAUACAACUGUUGAUGGACCCAGAUGAACACUCGGUGUAUUUGCAGAAUGCGGUCAACCUCUGGGAUAUUGCAGACGCAAAUGGCGAUAUCUUCCCGAAGACAAUCCCUCGAGACGCGUUUCCUUCCGAGCCCGACCCAGAGAUGCUUGAAUGGCACGAAGGCGUGAGUCGGCGAUUGGAGCGUGACUAUUUGAAAAGACACACAAAGCAUGCUUCGCCGCCAGACUUUGGGACAUAUCAUUACCAUUUUAGUGGCAAGGAUCCUCUGCCUGACGAAGAUGACUACUUUUCCCGUCCACGCCGGGCGGGGUCAAAGCGUCACAGCCACGUGGAGCCCGAUCGGCGCAGCGACCAUCGCAAUCACCGCCGACGAUACAGCGGAGAAUAUCCCGCAUUUUCUGCACGCAGGCCUGGAACGAAUCGACCGGGCUUUUCAACCCCGAGAGUUUCAUCGCCUCCCCCAUGGGGAGAGCGUCCGCCCCGUCCAAAUGGACGAGACCAAGGUGGCCGGCACGGCCAUCCACUAAGCCCAGGGACAGGUGAGGUUCCAGAUGUCUCUGAUGUGUCUUCAGAUGAGUCCGCACGCCACCGCAAGGACCGUGCGAAACCAAAUAGGCACCAAGAGCGACGUCAUCUAUCACCACCUUCCAACAGCAGUGCUAGACGCCACUCCCAUGAAGCCUACACCCGCAGACCGUUCCGAGAUCUGUCACCGACAAGUCCUACCCGACAACGCCGCGGGCACGAAAGCCACUCUUCACGAUCUAGCAAAUCCUCUAGUAAAUCCCACUCUGAGCCUUCGCCAAAGGUUCACCCGAGAGAUCACGCAAGGGACCACCCGAGAGAUAGGGAUCCCAGAGAUUACCCAAAGGAGAAUCCAAACGAUCAUCCAAAAGACCGUUCUCGAUCACGCACAGCAGGUGUCAAGUUCCGGGAAUUCAUAUUCGGCGACCCGGCCCCUGCGCCAGCUGCUCCAGAUCCACCUUUCUACAGGCCUCCAACCCCUCCACCACCAAGAGCGGUACCCAGACACCUGGGACCUUACGCCGCAGAUGACAUGAGAAGAGGAAGCUACAGUGGUGGCAGUACAGGUAAUAGUCGACCUAGUAGCGGAGGAAGCGGGUCUGAACGGCAGCGCUCAUACAGCAGUGCUGGGUUCCACCCCCGCACAACGGGAUGGGCGAGCCCUCGCAGCUCCGCUUCAAAGCGAUAUACCCCGGCCACUGUACCCGAGGAUGACGGAUACGUUCCCUCACGGAGAGUCCCGAUUUACGAAUAAUUCUUACGACUGAUGCACCUUGAUAUUUAACGAAUUUCUUGCUUCUGCCAUUUUUUCUCAUCAUUUUGAGCAUAUGAGCAUUUACUUACCAUUGGCUCUACGCAUCUAUCACCACCAUCACGACAGACCUAGCAUUCCACUUUUCUUUUUGACGGGCUUAUUUAUUUGGCGUUUCGUUCCUUCUGGAUUUCUACGUUUCUUCGCACCAAUGAUACUCACGAUUCGAAUGAAUAUUGAAUGACAAGCAUAAAUAGAUCAGAGCACAUGGAGGUAAACUGAAAGUGCAUCUGUAGAUCUAUGCCAUGGUGCUUCAAACUAAGACACAUACUUAGCUCACGGUGCAUCCCAUGAUGAAGGAUAUAUAAAGU